UGUAGACUCAACGAGUAGAGCUCUGAAUUAUAGAUGAAAGGAAACAGCGCGAUUUUUUGUUUUCAAAUUAUGACUUAAGAAAAACACCAAGAAGAUAGUUUCACAUCUAUUCUGUUAACAAGUUAUUAACAAAAAAGAUCACCGGCUAUGUCUACAAAAAAACUGGCGAAGGAAUUGGGUUUAGUGAGGCAGCGGAGUCAGUCCACCUCUGGGUCAAAGAAAUCUGUGGUAUCAAAUCAGAUAUUUUCAUACUUGAUUGUGAUUGACUUUGAGUCCACAUGCUGGAGAGAGAAAAACAACUACGGCCAGGAAAUUAUCGAGUUUCCUGCUGUUCUGCUGAACACGUCCACGGGGGAGGUCGAGUCUGAGUUUCACACAUACGUUCAACCCCAGGAGCAUCCCAUCCUGUCCGAGUUCUGCACCGAGCUCACCGGGAUCACGCAGAUGCAGGUUGAGGCAGGAAUCCCCCUUCGCAUCUGUCUUUCACAGUUCAGCCGCUGGUUGCAAAACCUUCAGCUCGAGAUGGGAGUGGUUUUCCCCGGCAAACAACAGAAAAGUUCUGCGCCGUUACCUUCGCAAAAACUGUGCACGUUCCUCACAUGGUCAGACUGGGAUCUUGGAGUCUGUUUGCAGUACGAGUGUAAACGCAAACAACUUCACAAACCUGAUGUUCUCAACAAUUGGAUAGACCUGAGAAACACAUACAGGGUCUUUUACAAUAGGAAACCUAAAGGCCUCAAUGGGGCACUUCAGGAUCUGGGAAUACAAUUUUCUGGGAGGGAACAUUCUGGUUUGGACGAUUCACGUAAUACGGCUCGGCUGGCGGCGAAAAUGAUGAGGGACGGAUGUGUAAUGAAAAUCACCAGGAGUCUGGAGAGGACCCCAUUCAUGGCCAAACCAAUGUCUGGAAACACUUCAUGUCCUGCGAACAACAUGAAAGAAAACCACAACACCAAUAAGAUGGAAAAUUCAAUCACUAAAAGAUCCAAAAUUCCUCUCAGAGUUGGUCAAAAACAAUCAUGUUCCAAAGACGUUACUACACAUAUAGACACAAAGGAACACCCAGGUCCAGGUCAAGGAUCCGUCCAAAUCUGCCAGAACGUGAUCUCACCAAAGACGCUGCUGAGUAGCUCGACUGCACCUCUGCGGGGACACGACAGGAGGCCGGUCACAGCUGAAGCUGCCGCUGGCCUUUUCUCCUCAGUUAUGACAAACCGCACUUCACCGCAGAUUGACAACAAAAGUCUCGUUCGCCACCGUGACGCCGCCGUGAGCUGCUAUUCUAACCUGCCACAGCCAAACCAGGUCUCAACAACGGGAACAGCGUUAGGACUCAUGGAGGAGGGGGACAGCGCAGACAUUUUAACAGAAACGGAGGAGCGGUGCGGUUCAUACGAUGAUGUGCUGCUGGAAGGUGACGAAGUUGUAAAUGAAACCGAAAGAGAAUGCGGUGAUGUGCUCGUGUCAGAUUUUGACGGCGGAUGUUACGAGUGGGACGAGUCGGACGGUUCGCAUUCAUCAGGAGCUCACCUCACAUUAGAGGGAAAUAUAAGAGUGAGCACUGGAAACAACGUUAAAGUGCAAAAUAUUAACAGGAAAUCCACAAAGAUGUCAAGGUUAGGGUCUGUGAAUGUUUCUAAUCAUGUACAGCAUUCAACAAACUCUGGAUCAAAUGCACAUUUUGCUGUGCCUAAAACUGUGAACAAAUCAAACUGCAACAAAACAGAACACAAGGCUUCUCUGCUGCUUGAAGAAAAGUCUGAUGGGCCCCAUAAAAACUGUAAAACAAACACACCCUCUCCAUUAGGGACUAAACCCUUUGUCCCCGUGAAAACAUCCACCCCUAACACCUCGUCCGUCAAGCCACAACCAGUCAUCACCCAACACAUAAAACACAAAGACACCCUGAAGUCGCCCUUUACAAUUUACAAAGAGCCAGGAAAACAGGUUGCAGAGGCCUCACGUCUUCCCGCACGCAGCUCUCUGCACACCCCCAACAAUGUCCUCUCAUCUUUGUCCACCAACAACAUCUCCUGUUCCAAUCGCCCCUCCGUUUCAUUGAUGAUGAGAGGAGCCCCGAAGAUCACCGCCCCGCUGUGUGCGUGCGGCCGCCGUGCGAAGCGCCAGGUCGUGUCAAACGGAGGUCCGAACCACGGCCGAGGCUUUUAUUGCUGCCCAGGCCGGGUGGAGAAGGGCUGUGAGUUUUUUAAGUGGGAGUCGGCUCUGACGAAGAGCACUCCCGCUGCUGGGUCUUCUGUUUCACUCUGUCAGAUCAGCUCCACCCUACACCACCGUCCGCCCAACCGGUCACUGAUGAGAAAAAGCUGUUAAGAGAAGUGUCUGCGGGUCAAAGACGAGACAUGUCAAUUCUGGUGUCCGAGGCAUAUUUAUAAUAGUACAAAUAAAUAAAAACAUUUAAAAAGUACAAUUUGUUACUCAAUUCUCCCCCCUUUACUUGCUCAUAUGAGUAUUUACUGUACGAAAUGAAAAUUUAAGGACCUAUGUAGCUCAAAAGUACAAAACUGUCCUUCCUGGAUAACGUCCGGGCUAAAAAUCUAAGUACAAAAUUAUGCUAAAAAUGUCAAAAAUCUUAACAAAGGCAUGAAUGAUACACUGGGGCAUAAUUGUGUUGGUGUUUGUA